AUGGCGACUGCAGUAGACCAGUUCGAGAAAGAAUUGAAGCUGAUAGUCGCAGCGCACAAAACCAUCCUGUCUACACCAAACCCAGGGCUCAAUCUCCAACCAGCAGGCCAGAAGACAGUGCAAGUCCUAUGCAAGUCCGUGUUUCCUGUUUAUUAG